AUGUCACAGCAGAAGCAACAGCCUCAGGAGCUCCCAAAUGCUCCCAAAUGUUCACCUCCCCAAUGCCCAGCCCCCUGUCUGACGACCUGCUCAACUUCUUGUGGGAUUUCUUGUUCAGCAAGAAGCUGUUCUUCCCACUCUCAAAGGCCAGAGCUUCAGAACACUGCUGGACGCAAGAAAAUCCACCACCCACAGCCCCGCUGCCUCAGAGGUGGUACCACUUAUCCCUGCAAAGAGGAAGAGUGCUAAGUGACCGGGUACAGGUCUGUAGCAACCUUCUCCUCACCCAAACUAUGAACUCCAUCAGGAAGUCCAGGCCUUCCCCUACUUCCCCAUCUCUUCCUACUUCUCCUGCCCACCCUUUCAGUUCAACAAUAAUAAAAUUGCUCGUGGUGCAUGGUUGUGACUUCUGUGUGUCGUUGAGACCCUGGUCAGAGGCACAGAGGCCUCUCAAGUGGGUUCUUCUCUCAGGGACAGGUUUCUGGGAAUCUGUGUUUCAGCUCUCUGUAGCUUCAUAACAAUACAUCCAUGUUGAACAUUGAGUGCUG